AGUGCGCAUGCGCGGGACGGUCUUGCCCUUGUGUAGCUGCGCUGUGGUGUGAGGAAGUGUAGCAUGAGCGCUCGGUACCGCGGCCACAUGUUGUUGAACAGAUAACUUCAAAAGUUGAGAGAAAUUUUUCUGCAAACAAAAUUUCAUGGAACAAUCUGAUCCACAGCUCUCGGACGAGGCCAUGACGGGGAUGGUUGGUGCAGAUGCCUCCGACAAUGGGAAUGCUACUGCUAUGGAAGGUGCAGGAGACAGCUUCGUUCCUGACCUUCCUAACAUGGCUCCUGAUGCUCAGUGGACAAUGGACCAAGUACCUGACACUUUUGCUGGUCUUGCAAAUCAGCAGAACCCAGAACAAGGCCAGGUGGAGCAGUACGAACAGUACUUGGUAGAUGGGCAGUCACAGUCUUCAAUGGGGCAAAAAUCUGACCUUUCCGAACAACACGAUAAUUCAACAUAUGUUGAUGGAAAUCAGCCGGAAACAAACGGACAGGCUGCAGAGGGUCAUCUCAAAGAGUCUGAGUUGAGCUCAGAAAAGCAGGCUGAAACAGGCAGUUCGGACAGCCCAGCGAAUAUGGAGCUUGAGGAUGGGUCCAAAGAGGGAAGUGAAGUAGAUGCCUCACUGUCAAAACCUUCGCUCCCCACUGAUUUCGACAGGCUCUAUAAGGUAGUUGAGGAUGAUCCUGAGGACUUUAAUGGCUGGGUCUACCUUCUGCAAUAUGUUGAACAAGAGAAUCACCUGUUGGCUUCGAGAAAGGCAUUUGAUGCCUUUUUUCUACGCUAUCCCUAUUGUUACGGCUAUUGGAAGAAAUAUGCAGACAUAGAAAAAAAGCAUGGCUGCAUACAGGAGGCGGAUGAGGUGUAUCGAAGAGGUCUGCAGGCCAUCCCACUCAGCGUUGACCUUUGGCUUCAUUAUAUAACUUUCUUAAAGGAGAAUCAAGACACUAGUGAUGGAGAAGCUGAGAAUCGCAUACGAGCUGCCUAUGAGCAUGCAGUUCUUGCUGCGGGUACAGACUUCCGGUCAGACCGUCUGUGGGAAGCUUAUAUUAGCUGGGAGACUGAGCAGGACAAGUUGGCCAAUGUUACAGCAAUUUAUGACCGUGUCCUGGGUAUUCCUACUCAGCUGUAUUCCCAGCACUUCCAGAGGUUCAAGGAUCAUGUGCAAAACAAUAAUCCCAAGCACUUCCUGUCUGAAGAGGAGUUUGUUCAGCUAAGGUUGGAACUUGCAGCUGCCAAUAAGCCCAGUGGAGAGGGAGAGGAGGAAACCCCCAGUGAGGAGCUACCACCAGGCACAGAAGACCUUCCUGACCCAGCAAAGAGAGUCACAGAGAUCGAGAACAUGCGACAUAAGGUGAUCGAGACGCGUCAAGAGAUAUUUAACCACAAUGAACAUGAAGUCAGCAAGCGCUGGGCCUUUGAAGAAGGGAUCAAGCGUCCAUAUUUCCAUGUGAAAGCCUUGGAGAAGACUCAGCUUACCAACUGGAGGGAGUACCUGGACUUUGAGCUGGAGAACGGGACACCGGAGCGUGUAGUGGUUCUGUUUGAGCGCUGCCUGAUCGCCUGUGCCCUGUACGAGGAGUUUUGGAUAAAGUAUGCCAAGUACCUGGAGAGCUACAGCACAGAGGGAGUGAGGCACAUCUUCAAGAAAGCAUGCACCGUCCACCUGCCAAAAAAGCCUACCAUCCAUGUUCUCUGGGCAGCUUUUGAGGAACAACAAGGGAACAUUGAUGAGGCUCGAGGCAUCCUGAAAAGUCUAGAGGAGGCAGUUCCUGGUUUGGCCAUGGUGAGACUACGUCGUGUGAGCCUUGAACGUCGCCACGGGAACUUGGAUGAAGCAGUAGCUCUUCUGGAGGACGCCAUCAAGAAUGCAAAAAACACAAGUGAAUCGACCUUCUUCUCCGUGAAGCUGGCUAGGCAAUUCUUCAAAGUACAGAGGAGUGUUGGAAAGGCUAAAAAAGUAUUGCUAGAGGCCAUUGAAAAGGAUGAGACCAGUCCCAAGCUCUACCUGAACCUGCUGGAACUGGAGUACAGUGGAGACGUGCAGCAGAACGAGGCAGAGAUCUUGGCAUGCUUCGACCGGGCGCUCAGCAGCACCAUGCCGUUAGAGGCGCGUGUAACUUUCUCACAGCGAAAAGUAGAGUUUCUGGAGGACUUUGGAAGCGAUAUAAAUGUGCUUGUAGCUGCUUAUGAACAGCAUCAAAAACUUAUGAAAGAGCAGGAGUCCACGAAGAGGAAAGCAGAAAAUGGGUCACAAGAGCCAGAUUCAAAGAGACAGCGCAUGGACGAUGGCUCAGUGGCAUCUGGCCAGAUGAUGCCAGACAUGCAAGCCAAUCACGGAGGAUACAACUAUAAUAACUGGUAUCAGCAAUACAACUCCUGGGGAAGUCAGAACACCUGGGGCCAGUACGGCCAGUAUGGCCAGUAUAACCAGUACUACCCCCCACCCCCGACAUGAAUGGCGUACAGUCUGAUGGAGUGACGCUGAAGUCCCUUUUACCUGUUCUUAUUGCUACUCUUGACAUUCUCAGUCAUUUGACAUGUUUCUUUGUGUUCUGAGCAUGUGUGUUGGAAGUGAAGUUUCUUUUUCUGUAAAAAGGUGUGGAUGCUUCAUUUUAGCUUGAUUUAGUGUGGUCUCUUUGGAAAUUUAGUUGUUUUGGAUGAAUUAAAUUUGUAUGGAAGCAAGUAGAAAAUUCUGAAACCCUGUUUCUGCCCUCCUAAAUGAUUCAUCACUGUUUUCAGAGCCAAAUGUGAAAUGAAGGCUUUUUAUUUUGAAUUAAUUUCAUAAUAAAGAGAUUGCUGAGA